GUUGCAGUUCGCAGGGAGCUUGCAACUACGAAGCGUUGGCUGCAUAUUGGUCUCUUGCAUGUCAUUUGGUAUCCGCUCUAUACCACAUUACUAAUCUUGGUGAUUUUGUAAAGGCAAAUUUAUCUUGUCAGCAGGUAAAUCAUUCGAAAAUAUAAGUCCGAUCUGAUUUUUGAAGUUAACCUAACUGAUAAGCAAAAUAAAGCGAAAUAGACUAUCCAAAAAUAAGAUAUAGCUAGUGAGACCUCAAUUCACAAUGGAGGACGACUCAGCAUUCGCUUAUAAGGAAAAGAAGCCGGCGGGUUCUAUCAUCGGAAAAAUUUUGUUCAGCCAUGUCGGCCUACUGUUCUUGGUGCUGCUCUACACUUUUCUAGGAGCACUGGCGUUCAUCGAGCUUGAGAAAACGGCAGAAUUGUCACGUUACUCAAAGAAAAUGAACAAAGCGCGCUCCGUAAACCAGUCAAUGAACUACUUGGUGCAGAGGCUCUGGUUCUACGAGUCCAAUAAGAGCUUCACCAUCGAGGACUACACCCCUCACGUGAUGGGGGACUUGGAGAACCUGGAGUCAGUCAUCAUGGAUGCCAUUGGUGGCUUCAAAUACGAUGGUACAGUCGAUGGCUGGGUAUGGGAUUGGACUUUCUCGCAAAGCAGCCUCUUUACGAUGUCCAUCAUCACUACCAUCGGUUACGGCAACAUUUACCCCAAAACCUUCUACGGCCAAAUGUUCUGCAUUGUCUACGCCUUGGUGGGCUGCCCGCUGUUGCUGCUCUUCCUGUCCAACAUUGGCGAGGUCAUGGCGGAAUCUCUUACCUAUUUCUACAGUCGCUGCUGCUGCCGUUGGUGUCGGUCACGGCGAUACGUGUCAGAACUCCCCCCUGGCGUGCCGGAGAAACACGCGAAGGAAGUCUAUGACGAUGUUGUCGGUCAAGAGGAAUACAUGCCCACUAAGAAGGUGACAGUGCCGAUAACCAUCAACUUGGUGCUGCUGGCUGCGUACAUCAUGCUCGGAGCUCUGAUGUUCCAAAGUUUCGAGUCGUGGAAGUUUCAUUCUUCUUGCUAUUUCACUUUCAUCACUGUCGCAACCGUCGGAUACGGAGACUAUUACCCGAAAGCUUCCAUGGUCAAUGACUUGGGUGCCAGCUUCGUCGCUACAGCUAAGAUGAUGAUCUCUAUCCUAUACCUUCUUGCUGGUAUGGCUCUUCUGUCGAUGGCGGUGAACCUGAUGCAAGAACAAAUCGUUGAGAAGUGUCGCUGGUUGGCGAGGGAAAUUGGUCUGUCAGGAGACUCCAAUGCCCCAAAGGACCCUAAUGCUAAAAAAGACCCCAAAGCUCUAAAAGACUCCAAUGACUCGAAGGAUCCCAACGCCGCGAAGGAUGUUGAAGCAGGAAAUGCCAGCAAAGGUCCAGGAAAUUACGAUCGUCGAGAAUCAGUGGCCGGUCUUUCGGUGCCCGAGUCUCCCGGACUGACUCCCUCCGCUGCGCCCACGAGGCCCUCAUCCGCGCUCUCGAUGCUGCCCGGAACUGCCGAGUGAACCAUCAAACCGGCACCAAUUCAGGGAUGCAGAAAUGUGGCUGCCGAGGAAAAAUAGAUGCAGAAAAUACAAAGAUAUAUAGUGUUCUAGUAGGAACGUUUUUAGUUUGAAAUUGAUAUUAAGAAAUUAAUCAGCACAGCUGUCAAUUUGGACGAUGUCUUCUCAAUUUGAAAGACAGGGCAAAUUUCCUGAACGCAGAAGUUGCGAAUAACAGCAGUUUGUUGUUACGAGCUCCGAUUCUGUAACGCCUGAGCAGAUCAUCACGAAUUUCACCAGCAGGUAUUAUCCGCACUAUAAAGUAUCUUUUCACCUUAAAGAAAAAAAUUCCCUGAUACUAAAAUCAAUUUCUAAUUAUUGCUGAAUAAUUUCGACGAAAAUCACGUGUUCAAAGCUCUUAACCUCUAGCAACGGGUCGACAUUCGUGGUGUAUUUUGUUCAACAUAUAAUGUGCACAUUUGUCUUCACAUUGAAUGCAAUAGUGUUAAUUACCUAUAUUGAUUUAUGAAUUAUGCAUGUAUAUUUGAGGCACAGAUCCUAUUUUUACAACACUUCUCUUGAAAUUCACUUCUUGUUGUCUGCUUCGAAU